AUGUCGCAACAUUCAUACAAAUCGGAAUAUCCACAAGGGGUUGAAGUGGAUGAGGGGAUUAGAGAGUUUUUUGAGGCAUUUUAUAAGUUGAGUGAUACGGAGGAAAAACAUGAGGAGUAUGCAAAUCAAUUUGCUGAAGAUGCGGAGGUAGUCAUGGGCAUUAAGAGGGUUCAGGGGAGGGAGGAAAUUCUCGCUUUCAGAAAGGGCAUGUGGGAAAAGGUAGCUAGUCGUUUGCAUACGGCGCACAAAAUCUUUCCUUUUGGAAAGGGAUCCACGGAGGUUAUGUUGUUUGGAGUUGUGGCUUAUGGAUUGAAAGAUGGAAGAAAGGCCGAUGUUGAAUGGGCCGGACGGGCCAAGAUGGUUCAGGAGGGCGGAAAGUGGAAAUUGGGAUUUUAUCAAGUUUAUUUGGAUUCGGCUGCUGUACAGAAUGCUAAAUAA